AUUCGGUUUCAAACCAACUUGGGCCCCAACAGACUGGGGAACCACGAAAUUCCCGUCUCUCUAUAAAACCCUUCGCGCUCUCUUCAUUUCCAUAACUUUUUUCCCCCAAUCACCCAUUGAUUUGAUCUCGUCUCUGUCUUUCAGCCAUGUGCCCCUCUGGUACCUCCUCCGGUCGUUCUGACGUCGCCGCCGAUUUCCGUCAGGCAUUCGAGGCACUCGACGCCGACCACGACGGAAAGAUUAGCCCCGACGAUCUUCGCAAAUUCUACAGCGGCGCUGGCGAUGCCGACGAGGAUACGAUUGGCUCAAUGAUAGCCGUGGCGGACUUGAAUCGGAACGGAUUUGUUGAGUAUGAGGAGUUCGAGCGCGUAUUGUCCGGCGGACGGAGGAGAUCGACGGGGAUUAUGGAGGAGGUGUUUAAGACGAUGGAUAAAGACGGAGAUGGACGGUUGAGCCACGCCGAUUUGAAGAGCUACAUGCAUUUGGCUGGAUUCUCGAUCUCCGAUGAGGAGGUUGCGGCGAUGAUUAGAUUUGGCGGUGGAGAUGAAUCGGACGGCGUUUGUUAUGAAGGAUUGCUCAAGAUUUUGGCCGUUGAUAAUAUCUUUUAAUUUUUUUCUUUUCUUUUCAUUUCUUUUAUUUAGAUCUGAAGUUUUGGAGAAAAGCAUUUCUGGAAAAUGUUGUUAUUGUAAGAGCGGUGUCUUCUGGGGAAAAAAAACGUUUAAAACGUUACUUCUUGAGUCGUUUUUUUGGUUUGUUAAUCGUCCUAAACCGCUUUUAGAUAUAUGUAUUUGUAUUCAAGAAGUUUGCUUCAUAAAUUUUAGUGUUUUAAAGGGGAAUCAAAUGCGAAAAUAUGGGGUUUUCUUUUCUGAAAA